GGCGGAGAGAGCGGGGUCGGUCCCUCUAGCACGUCAUGAUGGUGGAAUCCGCCUCGGAGACGAUCCGCUCCGCUCCAUCCGGCCAGAACGGGGUCAGCAGCCUCAGCAACCAGCCCGACGGGGGCGGCGGCGGCGGCGGGGGCCGGGAAGGGGCUGCCAGCGGGGACAGCAACGGGGAGCUGAGCCCAGUGGAGCUCCUGCACUUCCAGCAGCAGCAGGCUCUCCAGGUGGCACGCCAGUUCCUGCUGCAGCAGGCCGCGGGGCUGAGCUCCCCCAGCAGCAAUGAGGGCAAGCAGCCGGCGGUGCAGGUCCCCGUGUCCGUGGCCAUGAUGUCCCCACAGAUGAUCACACCACAGCAGAUGCAGCAGAUCCUGUCCCCGCCCCAGCUCCAGGCCCUCCUGCAGCAGCAGCAGGCAAUAAUGCUGCAGCAGUUGCAGGAAUACUACAAGAAGCAACAGGAGCAGCUUCACCUGCAGCUAUUGACACAACAGCAAGCCGGAAAGCAGCAACCCAAAGAGCAGCCGUUAGGGAACAAGCAGCUGGCGUUCCAGCAGCAGCUCCUGCAGAUGCAGCAGCUCCAGCAGCAGCACCUGUUAAACCUGCAGCGCCAGGGGCUGGUGAGCCUCCCGCCGGGCCAGGGCACCGUGCCCCUGCAGAGCCUCCCCCAAGCUGUGUGCCCCUCGGACCUGCAGCAGCUCUGGAAGGAGGUCACCGCCGCCCAGCCUGUCGAAGACAGCAUCAAACAAGAGGGUCUCGACCUCACCACCAACACCUCCAACUCUACCUCGUUUUCGGCCGCCAAGGUCUCGCCUCCCAUUUCCCACCACCCUCUGCCCAAUGGGCAGAGCACCAUGCACACGCCAAGAAGGGACAGCUCUUCCCACGAAGAGACCCCUGGCUCUCACCCUCUCUAUGGCCACGGAGAGUGCAAGUGGCCUGGCUGCGAAACCCUCUGUGAGGACUUGGGACAGUUUGUCAAACACCUCAAUACAGAACACGCACUUGAUGACCGAAGCACAGCCCAGUGUCGAGUUCAGAUGCAAGUGGUACAGCAGCUGGAGAUACAGCUGGCAAAGGAGAGUGAGCGCCUGCAGGCCAUGAUGGCCCACCUCCACAUGAGACCUUCGGAGCCAAAGCCUUUCAGCCAACCUUUCUGUUCUGUUGUGCCAAGCAUCAGUGCAUGGCAUGGGGCAGGAGUGAAAUGCUGCUCAUGGUGGCACACGGCGCUGCUUUGGUCAUGCAUCAGGUGCAUCCCGUCCCUAUCCCAUAACUGCAUCCCCAUCCCACAGUGCAUCCCCUCCCCACCCCAUGGUGCAUCCCACUCCCCGCACCGUACCUCCUGCCCAGCACAGUCCCACUCCCAGAGCGGUCCCAGCACAGCCAGCCCCAUAUUUUCCCCACUCCCAUCCGCUCUCCCUUCCUCCCCGCAGCUGAACCUGGUCUCGAGUGCUACCCUCUCCAAGAGCACCUCGGACACGUUCCCCGACGGUUUACCUCAUCCCCCCACCUCUGCCACGGCCCCCAUCACCCCACUGCGGCAGGGCCCCUCCGUCAUCAGCUCUUCCACGUUACACAGCGUGGGGCCCAUCCGCAGGAGGAACUCGGAGAAGUUCUGCACCCCGAUAUCUUCAGAGCUUGCACAGAACCACGAGUUUUACAAGAAUGCAGACGUCCGGCCGCCCUUCACGUACGCCUCGCUCAUCCGGCAGGCCAUCCUGGAGACCCCCGACAGGCAGCUGACGCUGAAUGAGAUCUACAACUGGUUCACCAGGAUGUUCGCCUACUUCAGGAGGAACACGGCCACGUGGAAGAACGCCGUCCGCCACAACCUGAGCCUGCACAAGUGCUUCGUGCGCGUGGAGAACGUCAAGGGCGCCGUGUGGACCGUGGAUGAGCAUGAGUACCAAAAGCGAAGGCCACCAAAGAUGACAGGGAGUCCGACUUUAGUCAAAAACAUGAUUUCGGGACUCGGUUACGGAGCACUUAAUGCAAGCUACCAGGCAGCGCUGGCAGAGAGCAGCUUCCCUCUGCUCAACAGCCCCACCAUGAUCAACACGAGCUCUGCCAGUGGGAUGCUGCACGUGGGCCACGACGACGUCAGCAGCACAGUGGAGCAAGUCAACAGCAACGGCAGCAGCAGCCCGCGCCUGUCCCCGCAGCAGUACAGCAGCCACCCCGUGCACGUGAAGGAGGAACCAGCCGAGGCUGAGGACGACAGCCGGCCCGUCUCGCUGCUGGCCACCGCCACCCAGAAUGUGACAAUUCCUGACGACAGGGACCUGGAGGAGGAGCUGCCGGUGGAAGACUUGUCCUAAGGACCUCGAGCGCUGCCCGCGCUCCGGCUGCAAACAAAGCCCGGCUCCCGGCUCCCCAAGGUGACCUCUGGCGUUAACCCGUUUCUUCAAGGCACUUCCACAAAGCAAAAGGGUUUCCUCGGGGCACCCGUCCGGCUCCCCACUGCCCAGCGACUGGUGGGUCCCCGGCGUGGGGGACAUGUGGCAAAACAAGAAACAAACCCCCCUGAGCUGAACGUUGUCCCCCCUCCUCCCUUGGUUAGUAACUGGUGAACGAGGAUGGUAGAUUGUUUCUGUCCGAAGUCGUCCCUCCUUCCUUCCCCACACCCACACUCCAAGGAAGGCUCCUCUGUCCCCUCAUCCCGCACCCUGUGGCUGUGGGCUCUCUCCAAGACGCGGCUCCAUGAUGUCCCCAGAUCCCCAGCGACAGCCCCAGGGAGGCAGGACCCCUCUGCUGAGCCUCCUCCCAGUGGGUUUUGCACUACGAGGACCCGCGGUCCUUUCCCACAUGCUGCCUCCAUCCGGCUUUGGGGGAAGAAACCGCAGAAAUGGGGCCGAGAUCUGUGCUGCAGCCUCACACCACCAUCCUGCACCCGCUGGGACCCUGCGUGUCUGCACAGCCCUAACAUCACCACCACUGGUGCUGCCCACCCCCCCCGUGCCGUCCUCCAGUCCCCAACGCCAUCGGGCUGGUGGCAUCCAUGUGGUGACAACCGUCCUGGCUGGGCACUGAGGACAAAGCUCUGGCUGCAUCUUGGCACUGGAUGCAGCGAUGGUGGCUCUCACAGCCGGACCCAUGGAAGGCUGGGAUGGGAAGAAGCUCCUCGCUGCGGCUGGGAUGGGCUCUGGGUCUGCAGGAGCCACAGAAAAGGUUGGCACGUGGAGUCCCACCAGCAAAACCCUGCCCAGGGCUCCAACGCUGCCAUCCACGUCAAGGGGGACGGGCUCGCUGGAGCCGGGCUCUUCAUUCCCCAUUUUGCCUUCGUUCCGUCCUCCUCUUGUGUGCGUUGCGCGACUGCGUCCAGAUGGGAAGAUACCAAAAGAUGUCUAGAGACAGCAGGUCCGUAGUUCAGGUGAACAGAUGGUAUUGAUGCCAAAAAGAAAUAAUAAUAACGAGAACGACACAACCAAA